UAUAGUAGACGUGCGUGAUUAUUAUGUUGAUUGAACUUGAUUGUUUAAUAAUACUAUUUUAUUUGUAUAAAAUAAUUAAUGAACAUAAUGUCUGAUUCUUCUGAAGAUGAAGAUCUUUCACGUUUUAGGGAAGUAGUGGACACAUCGUUUACUAAGUUAAUUAACGAAUCACGCGGACUUGCUACAAAAGACGUUUAUGAUAAUAACAAAGAAAAACCCAAAUCUGAAAGAUAUUUGGAAGUAGCAUCCCAUUACAAUGAUGUUAAAGUUCCUGAAGAAAUGCAGAAGCGAAUUGGUGCGAAAGUAUCUGCUAUUAUACAGAAGAAAAUACAAUUUGUAGAUAUUCAGAAUGAAACGAAAAAAAGGAAGAUUAAGGGUGGUAUAAAACUCUUUAGCAGUUCCGAAGGAUUUUUAUCAUGUGAAGAGAUAAAGGAUACUUACACUGACACUCAUAACGCUGAAUCAAAAAAACUCAAGAAUAAAAGAAGACAAAUUGAUCCUGAAGAGAAUAUUAAUGAAAAUGAUAAAUUAAAAGCUGUUCUGCUUGAUGGAGACUACAUCUUGUCUAAGGAAGAAACAAAACUAUGGAAGUCAAGGAGAAAAGAGAAACUCUUUAAAUAUAAGGGUAACAAAAAAAGUAAGAUAUUAACUGAAGUGGCAUAGAUUAUUAAGUAAUGUACUUUUUUUUGUAAAUAUAUGUUACCUACAUACUUUAAUACACAACAAAGCCUUUUAUUUUUAAAGUGUAAGUACAGAAAAAAGUUACGAGAUGAAACUACUUAAAGAGAUUAUGGUCCAAAAGAUAGUAGGUAGUUUAUUUUAUUAUUAUUCCCAAC